AUGUUUUAUUCCGAGGCGAUUUUGUCAAAAAAGGGUCCGCUCGCUAGAGUGUGGUUGGCGGCGCACUGGGAACGAAAAUUGAGUAAGACUCAAUUUCUGCAGACAAAUAUUCAAUUCUCCGUAGGUGCUAUCCUAAAACAAGACCAACAACCUAUGGCUUUGAGAUUAUCAGGGCAAUUACUAUUAGGUGUUGUCCGUAUUUAUUCACGAAAAGCAAAAUAUUUGCUGGAAGAUUGUACUGAGGCCCUUAAUAAAAUCAAAUUGGCAUUUAGACAAGGUGAAGUUGAUAUACCUGAAGAUCAACGAAUCGCUAAUUUUGAGUCUAUCACUUUGCCCGACAAAAUCACGGAGUUUGAUAUUUUGUUACCAGAUCCUGGCUUAAAUCUCAAGCAAUGGACCGAAGUGAGUUCGGUUACCGUAACAAGUUCUAAUAUUUCUCGACCACAAGACAUAACUAUUAGAGACGAUUUUGAUAUUUCAUUAAAUUUAAAUAUUGGGGAAGACCUAUUAGGUGAAGCUUUUGAUACGGAGGAUGGAAGGGGUCUUGACUUAGAUUUAGAAGAUGAUAUAGACCCCAAAACGACCGGAGCUGAUGAUAAAUCUGAUAGUCAUGCCGGUGAAGAAGGCUCAGUGGACAUUGAAAUUGCAAGGGAUGCCCCACUAGACAUUCCAAUUUCCAUGGAGGAUGUUAUUGGUAAAGGUGUGGUGGAUAAUGAUCCAUUAAUGGUGACAGAUGAUGGGCCCGAACUUGACCUCUUACUUGACGAAUCGUUGGAUGUACCGAUAUUAGACAACGAGGUGCCAAUAUUAGAAAACGACGUACCGAUGUUAGAAAGCGACAUGCAAAUGUUGGCUAAUGAUGUGCAAGUUCUAGAAGAGGGGCAAGAGGAAAGGCUAGAAAUAGAAUUAAGCCAAGAUGAUGACCUAAAUUUAGAUAUGAAUGUCAAUAUGGACAUGAAUAUUGAUCCGGCUGAUUUAAUCCUAAGUGAAACUAUGGUGCAAGAAGAAAUGUUACCAGAAACACAAAGGCUAACUCCUUCGUCACCCCUUAGCCCCGAAAGACAUGAAAAUUUAUUUCAAGAUCAGGAAGUUGAGCAACUUGUAACACAAACUCGUAGAAAACGUAAAUUAAUGGAAGACGAAUUGACCGAACUACCGACUAGUCAUAUCGCAAGUCAAAUUAAGGACAGAUCAGACAUUACAAUUGAGCCUACAUUCCUUCCAUUUUCGCGCAAAUUGCUUCGAAUAGGAGAGAUUCGUAGAAUGGGAGCAUCAUACUAUCUCGAUCUGCGCGUCCCACAUAAUAUUUCACCUGAAUUUCAGCACCUAUUUGCUAGAAAACGACAGCGCUUUACCCCGCCCCCUGAUAAUCAAGACGAAGAAGUUCAAGCCGGUCCAUCAAAAAGUGAUCUCCCUCUUGAAGAAGAGCACUUUGAAAUCAAUAUUAAUAAUGAAAACUUCGACAUUUUAGAUUCGACAGAAACACACGACAAUCUCAUCACUGAAGAAUUAGCACAGGAUAUUGUAAUAACCGAUGAGGCUGGUCAGGAAGAAACUCCUGAGAAAAUCGACAAGGGAAAGGGUCCCAAAAAAACCGAUAAAGAUAAGGGUCAGGAAAAAAGUAAGGAGAAAACCCUUCAAGAUAAUCUAUCCAUUCCAGAACAAGAACUAGUUACUCCAACAGAACAUACUCCAGAACAUGAUGUCGAUGUCGACUUUGACAUGAUAUCGCAUCACGAAUAUGACGCGUCUGAAGAUGUGUUAACCCCUGACGAUGAAGACCAACCGUCCCCAUCGGGAAUAACGAUUUUCGAUCAAGAAGAAACGCAAGAGCAACAGAACGCGGAAACGACAUUCAGUAAAAAUACAAUUAAAGCUAUGCGUCUACUGAGAAAUAAAUGCCGCGAGGAAAUAGGAGAACAAAUCAUAGAAGGGUCUGAUAUCUCGAGAACGGCUGCUGUAAGCUACGAUUCGGUUGUCGGGACGGCUAAGCGACAAGAUGCUGUUAAAUUGUUUUUCGAAUUAUUGGUUUUAAAUACCAAGGACGUCAUUCGCGUUCGGCAAAAAGAACCUUAUGGUGAUAUCGAAAUCAUAUGCAAGAAUAAAUUGUUCGAUAUGCUUGAAGACGUUCCAGCAUAG